CAAUACGACACCGUCCACUCACAAACACAUAUUCUCCCUUUUCAUUCCUUUCACGCUUCCUUUCUCACUUUCUAUCUUUUUAAUUCGACGUGCGUUUUUACCAUAAUUCAUUAUUGGAGUAUUAUUUUUAUUUUUUAUUGCUAUUAUGGCUACGAGAUUUUCGUUUUCAUACAAAUUCAUAUCUAUCGUUUCCACAUAAGCAAUCAAUGAAGCGUCCGUUUCGGUUACGUCCAUUUCCAUUUCCGAUUCCUUCCAACAUUUUUGCGAUUUCUUUCUAUUUCCUCGCUCUUUUACGCCUGAAAAUCAGUUCAUCACAAAUCGCAAAACAACAACAGAGCACUGAGAUCUCGCUUGAAACGACAAUAUGAUUCAAUCGGUUUCUGUUACGGUGAACUUCGCCGUGGCUUUUGCAUUGGUGUGUAUAUUCACGGUGGAGCCAUGGCGCGUUGUUAACUCACAAGAAGAACAGAGGCUUCUAGUGGACAUGACGAUUGUUACGAACGCACGUGAUACUGGAGCUCUUUGUUUGGAUGGGAGUUUACCGGGUUAUCAUUUGCACAGAGGUUAUGGAGCAGGGGAGAAUAAUUGGCUUCUACAAUUUGAGGGUGGUGGAUGGUGCAAUGACUUGCAAUCAUGCCUGGAAAGAGCACCAACUCGCAGGGGUUCAACAAAGCACAUGAACAAGUUUGCGGUUUUCUCUGGUAUUUUAAGCAACAAUGCCACCCUUAAUCCAGACUUUUACAAUUGGAACCGGGUGAAACUGAGAUACUGUGAUGGAGCUUCAUUUACUGGAAACAGAGUGUUCAAAAAUGGGACAAAAACACUUUACUUCAAAGGGCAAAAGAUUUGGGAAGCCAUUAUUGAGGAUCUUUUACCAAAAGGUUUAGGAAACGCAUACAAGGCAUUGCUUUCUGGCUGCUCAGCAGGAGGUUUAGCCACCUUUCACCAUUGUGACAACUUCACUAAGUAUUUGCCAACAACUACUACUGUUAAAUGCUUGAGUGAUGCAGGUUUUUUCCUUGAUGGAAGAGAUGUCAGUUUGAACCAUACUAUGAGAUACUUUGUCAAAAGUCUAGUUACAUUGCAGGGGAUAGAGCAGAACCUUAAUGAAAACUGCACGAGUGCGCUUUCCUAUCCAGACUUGUGCUUCUUUCCACAAUAUGCGUUGAAAUAUAUAUCAACACCGUAUUUUAUCUUGAAUUCUGCCUAUGAUGUAUUCCAAUUUCAUCAUAUAUUGGCGCCACCUUCAGCUGAUCCCCUUGGGCACUGGAGUCACUGCAGGGCGAACAAAUCGACAUGCACGCCAGCCCAAAUUAAUACAUUGCAAGGUUUUAGGCUCAGCAUGCUUGCAGCUUUGAAACCGUUCUACUUUUAUUCGAAAAGAGGGGGAAUGUUCAUAAAUUCAUGUUUUGCUCAUUGCCAAAGUGAAUCGCAAGAAACAUGGUUUGGAGACGAUUCUCCUAGAAUAAACAACAAGACUAUUGCAGAAGCAGUUGGUGAUUGGUAUUUUAGUAGAAACAGAAGCAAGCUAAUUGACCGUCCGUAUCCAUGUGAUAAUGAUAAAACUUGUCAUAAUUUAAUACCAUAAGCUCAGGUCACUUGGAAGAUGAUACUGGAAAUUUGUCAACAAGGUCUCUAGUCCUUGUAUUGUAUAUACAUAGUGAAUGCUAGGCAGAUAGAAAAUUCUUGACAAAGAAAUGAGAAGAGAAAUUGUGAUAGAAAUGAUAAUUUUCAAUUAAGUCAUUCAUUAUUAAUUAUAGUCAUAUUUCUGCUUAAUGAAAAUCAAUUGGCUUUUUCUCAAGGCUCAGCCUCAUAAGUCUUAUCAACUAAACUAUAUGCUA